AAGCUCAAAACCCUGAGAUAGUCAGUCCCCCACACCGCACCACACUCACUCAACUGAAACCAAAACCACCUAUAUAUAAAAAAACCACUUUUCUCAGGCGAAUGGAAUCGCUGGCUAUUUGUACGACCGCCUCAUUCUUCUCGCGCCCAUUCCGACUCUCCAACCACGUGAGCGCCAAACAUCGAGUGCCCUCGCUCGGUUUUGAACGAGCGCUUAAGGUCUGCUGCGCCGCGGAAACCAUGAGCGCUUCUCAGGGCGAUCGAGUGGCGGAGAAGGGCAAGGAGGCCAAGCUCUGGGGCGGACGGUUCGAAGAAAGUGUGACCGACGCGGUGGAGCGGUUCACCGAGUCGAUCUCCUACGACAAGCAGCUCUAUAAGCAAGACAUUAUGGGGAGUAGGGCCCACGCUUCCAUGCUCGCCAAACAGGGAUUGAUGAGUACCAGUGAUAGGGACAGUAUUCUUCAAGGUCUGGAUGAAAUUGAGAGGAGAAUUGAAGACGGUCAAUUUGUUUGGAGAACUGAUAGGGAGGAUGUGCACAUGAACAUUGAAGCAGCACUUACUGAUAUGAUUGGUGAACCCGCCAAGAAGCUCCACACAGCUCGGAGUCGCAACGAUCAAGUUUUGACAGACUUUCGCCUUUGGUGUCGUGAUGCCAUUGAUAAGGUUGUUGUACGCAUCAAACAUCUUCAGAUUGCUCUGGUGACUUUGGCUUUGAAGAAUGAUGGCCUUAUCGUUCCCGGUUAUACACAUUUGCAAAGGGCACAACCUGUUUUACUGCAGCAUCUUCUCUUAGCAUUUGUUGAGCAGCUUGAACGUGAUGCUAGUCGUUUACAAGAUUGCAGAGUUAGGCUGAAUUUCUGCCCUUUGGGUGCAUGUGCAUUGGCUGGCACUGGCCUUCCCAUUGACCGAUUCAUGACUUCAGAUGCUCUGGCAUUCACUUCUCCCAUGAGGAACAGUAUAGAUGCAGUUUCGGACCGAGAUUUUGUUUUGGAGUUUCUUUCUGCUAAUGCCAUCACGGCAAUUCAUCUUUCUCGGCUUGGUGAAGAAUGGGUACUGUGGGCUUCAGAGGAAUUUGGAUUUAUCACACCAAGUGAUUCUGUUUCCACUGGAAGUAGCAUAAUGCCUCAGAAGAAAAAUCCAGAUCCAAUGGAACUUGUUCGUGGAAAGUCUGCUAGAGUCAUAGGAGACUUGGUUACUCUUCUUACAUUGUGCAAAGGGCUUCCUCUAGCUUACAAUCGUGAUUUGCAGGAAGAUAAGGAACCUGCAUUUGACAGCGUGAAGACAAUUUUGGGGAUGCUUGAAGUGUCAGCAGAGUUUGCGCAGAACAUCACCUUCAAUCGGGAGAGAAUACGAAAGGCUUUACCUGCUGGUCAUCUUGAUGCCACAACACUUGCCGAUUAUCUUGUGAAAAAGGGAGUGCCUUUCAGAACUUCCCAUGAUAUAGUUGGAAGGGCUGUUGCCUUGUGCGUGUCAAAGGGCUGCCAGCUUCAGGAGCUGCGUCUUGAUGAGCUAAGAAUCAUAGACCCUGUGUUUGAGGAGGAUGUAUAUGAUUUUCUUGGAGUAGAAAAUGCAGUUAAGAAAUUCUCCUCGUAUGGUUCCACGGGAUCAGAGUGUGUUGCCAAUCAAAUUGACUACUGGGUUACCAAACUUGAAAUCAAAUGAAGCUGAGCUCUAGGAGUAUUUGACAUGAUCUCCUCACAAAAGGGAGGAAGUCCUUUUUGGGAACAAUUUUAGAUCAAUGCUUUGUUGUAUGGAAAACCAGUUCCAGUUAAUAAAAUAUUGCGUCUUACAUUUGCUCUUCAA